GUGUUUCCGGUUUAUAAUCAAUAUGGCCGUUUCGUGCGGAGGCUAGUAACGUUAGAGGACGUCGUCUUUAGAGCAACACUCAACUCGAGUUUCCGUUGUAAAGUGCACGCGUACUCUCUCUCUCCCUCCAAAUACGAACUUAACUAUCUCGAUAUUUAUUAAAGCAGACGGCGAAGAGAAAACCCAGAAAGAGAGAGAGAGAGAGAGAGAGACUCUAACGGCGUGAGGAGGAGAAAAGCACCGGCAGAGGGCGAGAAAGGAGACGAAGGAAGAGAGAAAGAGAGAGAGAGAGAAGAAGAAGGAGAGAAAGACACUGCGAAGCGCGCCUUCUCGGAGUCACCGGGUGUUUCCGCGUUUCGACGAUUACCAGAAGAAGAAGUGAAGGAAGAAGGAGAACAAGAAGUUCCGCUGGGAGGCUCUUCUUCGCGGAAGGCUCGCUGGCAACGAUAUCCCGGUGAGGUAUUAUGCGUCGGCUCAGCAUGAAGAACAAGCGUAGGAAAUCCGAGACCAGCCCGAGCGACAGCGAGUCCGAGGAAAAUGGCGGCGCGCGCGCGUCCACCGACAACGGCGAGACGCAGACCGGUAGGAACAACAACUCCGCCACGCGUAAAGGCGCCUCCAAGAGGCGCUCGCUGCGCGGCGCGGCGGUGCAGAAGUCGCCGGCGAACGCGGACGACAGCGUCGAGACCGACGAGUCCGUGGCGGAGCCGGAGCGGGAGAAUGGAGAGAGGGCCGGUAAACGCCGACGAAGAGAGGAUCAGAAAGCGUCCACCUCGCUCGACAAGUCCGAGGAGGACGAAUACGAGGUAGAAAAACUCAUCAAUAUUCGUACCAAUAAAGGCAAUCGACAGUUUUUGGUGCGAUGGAAGGGUUACGGAGAAUCCGCUGAUACUUGGGAAAACGAAAAGGAUCUGAACUGUUCUCAAUUAAUAGAAAAGUUUCUAAAGGAACAUGAGACAAAAGUAUCGAAAACUGGAUCACCAAAAACAGACAAAUCAAAAAAGUCUAAAGGAUCUUCUAAAAAAACUGAAAAUGACGAACAAAACAAUAAAGAUGACCGAGAAGGUUUGAAGGAAUUUGAAGUGGAGCGAAUAAUCGAGGUACGUUUCAAGAAGAGUGGCACAAAAGAGUUUUUAAUCAGAUGGAAAGGAUUCAGUCCGGCCGAUGACACUUGGGAGCCAGAAAAGAACCUGAAUUGUCCGGAACUCAUCGAUAAGUUUAUGCAGAAGGUGGAAAAAGCAAAAACAUCCGAUGUUCGCGAACUCAGAGCGAAUAGGGUACAUACCAAACGGUACACAUUAUCGACAUGUGACCACGGGAGGAGAUUGUCCAAACGUAAUAAAAAUAAGCAAAGAGCAACUUAUCACGAGUGCGAUGAAUAAAGAAUGUCGUCCCGUGGUCCCAAUAUCUGUAUUUUGUUCUAAGAAUUUACUUUAUACUUAUAGUUCGUAGUUUUACAAGAAAGAAAGAAAGAGAGAGAUAAUUAAGAGCGUUUUGACAGAAAGGAACCAAAAGAAUAUAUCAAAUCACGAAUAAUUUGCUAAAUUUAGUUAUUAGAGACUGUCACAGUAUGUGAUGUAUACACAUCCUCUCUACGAGGAGAUGAAGAGAUGUAUGACAGAAUUGUAAAGGAUAAUCUACAAUAGCAGUCGUAGAGUCGUAGAUACGGUCGCUUAAUUUUAAAGUCCUUUAAACAAAAACGCAUAGGUUAAAUUUGCUUUGUCCGACUGGCUAGUCGUAAAAUUGCAGGAAUUGGUAUUGAACCAACUUGCACGACUGCCUCGCGACUAAAAAUAACCUUUCGAGUGAUCAUUAACAACUCUACGACCAUAUCUUACGACCUUACGAUUGCUGUUGUAGACGACCCUUAAGACAAGUGUUGUGUGUGAUUAGUAUAUGCGACAAUUUUUUUUUUUUUUCAGGAAUGCUUAUUAUUAUGUAUUUUACAUAGUCAACUAAGAAUCAAAAUCUUUUAUUUUAAUAUUCCACAUUAUUUGCAAAAAGCAGACAUUUUCUUCUCAUUUUAUAUACAAAAGAUACAAUUUAUUAUGUUUAAAUGAUUGUAUGCGUGGUCGUCUGUCACAAUGAUUACAAUUAUGAGAGAAACUUUUGUCAAAAUAUUCGUUCAAUAAGUGUGUAUUAAAAUAAGCGUAUUAUAAAAGAAGUUUAAAAAAGCA